AUGGCAUGUAUCUAUGGCACAGGUUGGACUUUUCGUGCCUCAUUGGAACUCUUUUCUACACAAAGCAGAUUGAUCCCUAACUACAAUUGUGAAAUCCAAAAGAGACCAACAGCAGUCAUUGGAGGUCCAACUUCUGAAGUGUCUCUGCAUAUGGCUACAAUUCUGUCAUUGUACAAGAUGCCACAGAUCAUAUAUGGGUUUGUUCCAGAAACAGAUGUCAAGAAUCAGAAUGCUUUCUACCAACAGAUUUUCCCAAGUGCCGAACAUCAGUACAUGGGUAUAGUCAAAUUAUUGCUUCAUUUCAAAUGGACGUGGAUUGGUGCAUAUACUGUAAAUAAUGAGAAUGGGCAGAGGUUUGUGCAAAAUGUAGUUCCCAUGUUCACCAAGAGAGGCAUCUGUUUUGCCUUUAUUGAAAAAUUUCCCAAAAGUUCUUAUUCCAAUGGUCUGGUUGAUUCGCUGGAAGAAGGAAGUAAAGUAUAUUAUGAAGUUAUGAGAAGCACUGUUAAUGUUGUGGUUCUUCAUGGUGAAACGGAUCACAUAAUAUUUCUACGAAUACUUUCUAACAGGCUGAAAGAUGAGAGCAUGCCACUAUGGAACAAAGAUAAAGUUUGGAUUAUGAUAGCCCAAAUGGAUUUCACAUCCGUUCCCUUUAUAAGAAAUAUUGACAUUGUCUUCCUCCAUGGUGCUUUAUCCUUUGCAAUUCACUCUGAGAAGAUUUUAGGAUUUCAGAAAUUUCUUCAGUCCAAAAACCCUAUCUUGGAAAAAGGAGAUGGCUUUUUCAGGGUCUUCUGGGAAAAUGCAUUUGAGUGUUCUUUCUGCAUCAAUAUGAUUGAAGAGGAAGAUGAGGUCCUCUGUAAUGGACAGGAGAAACUGGAGACCCUUUCUACAUCUGUGUUUGAAAUGCAGAUGACUGGCCACAGCUACAGCAUCUAUAAUGCAGCCUAUGUGGUGGCACAUGCUUUGCAUGACUUCCAUUCAUCUGUAAGAAAAUACAGAGCAGGUGACUAUGAAACUAAAUUGAACUUUCUGAAGCAGCCAUUAUGGAAGUACAGUGAGCGGUAUCAUCAGCCAAUUCUCUACUGCCGUUAUCUCAGGAACACCAUGGCUCAAGAUGUUGAGAUUGUCAAUCAGAAAGACUUGGAUGACUGUUUCCAGUUUGCAGAAGAUCAGUACCCCAGCAACAAGCAAAAUAUAUGUCUCCCCAAAGUUAUAACAUUCUUGAAGUAUGAAGAAACAUUAGGGACCAUUUUCACCAGUUCAGCUCUUUUCUUUUCUUUGGUUACACUUGGGGUCUUCUGGAUCUUUAUUAAGCAUCAGGACACUCCCAUUGUUAAAGCCAACAACAGGGAUCUCACAUAUGCUCUCCUUAUGGUUCUUCUGUUAUCAUUUCUUUGCGUUUUUCUAUUCAUUGGGCAACCCAACAAAGUGACAUGUAUUUUUCGCCAAACUGCCUUUGGCAUCAUCUUCUUGGUGGCCAUUUCUUGUAUUUUGGCCAAAACCUUCAUUGUGGUUCUAGCUUUCAUAGCCACCAAACCAGGGUCUAUGAUGACCAAAUGGGUGGGGAAAAAGUUAGCCAUGAUCAUGGUGUUUGGCUGCUCAUUUAUUCAAGAAAGUAUUUGUGCUACAUGGCUGACAAGCUCUCCCCCAUUCCCAGAGGCUGACAUGAAUUUAAUGGCCCAAGAAAUAGUUUUGGUGUGCAACGAGGGAUCCAACUCCUUUUUCUACUGUGUCUUGGGCUUUUUGGGCUUCCUCGCUUUUGUUAGUUUCACGGUGGCUUUCCAAGCAAGGAAAUUGCCCGAUGCCUUCAAUGAAACCAAAUUUAUAACCUUCAGCAUGUUGGUCUUCUGCAGUGUGUGGUUGUCCUUUGUUCCAACAUAUCUGAGCACAAAAGGAAAAUAUAUGGUUGCUGUGGAGAUCUUCUCCAUUAUAGCCUCUAGUGCUGGAUUAUUGGUUUGCAUAUUUUUCCCCAAAUGUUAUAUUAUAGUUUUAAGGCCUGAUAUGAACAACAAAGAUCAGCUAAGAAGGCAAAAUAACAGAAUUGCAUAA